CGAUACGUCUGAAGAUGCGAGUGACGCAGACGAAAUUAGCGAGAUAAAUGAGGCUGAGUAAGGUGUGGAAGGAUUCAGUAACUCCGAGCAGAUACCCCAAAUAUUUGUCCUAGUAAGCUAUCCCAAUCUAAUUCAUCUAAGGCUUCUAUUUGUCUAUAUUCCUCUAUGAUUAAUGGUUAUGGUCCCUGAAUUGUCACCUUCUAUGGAUAUAUUUAUCUUGCUGGCUACUUAUCUAGAUAGCACUUAGUCCUAGCCCUCCUGCCUUCUUCCUCGUUUAUAUCGCCGAUGUCUGAUGUCAGCGGCUUCGUUUCGAGGUCCUCUCUACCUAGGUACGACGAAGCGGGGUUAAUAUUACUCAGAUACCUACCUACAUAGGUACGUAUGAAGGUGGGUUACACAAGUAGGGAAGCUGCUGAGCAUAGCAGGGCAAAAAAAAAAAAAAGAUGGCCACGAUCACAAUUGAAAGUAUGGUGAAGUAUCGACUACGGGUUUGUAGUCGGAAAGCCAUUCUCAACUGGCACCGUGAAAAGCUUUCCUCUCCUAUCAUUUAUCGUACAGGCUCCGUCCCAACCGCCCCUUUCGACCACACGAUAUUAUCAUUCGAUAGUAAAGUCAUAUUCCAGAAAUCAACUCAUGCAGCGACUCGCCACUCGCAUUUUCUUGUCGAUCUACUCCAACUCCCUAGAGUCCAACGAUGUAAACGAACACGGAAAACGGCAAAAGCAAGACCACAAGCAAGGAAGUAUAAAUAUGGAUCAAUCACAAGAUCAAACAACCAUACCUCUAGACGACUUAAACGAGGCAAUUCGUAUUUGCCAAGAGAAUCUCUCAUCCACGCCCCCGGGCCAACCAAACCGAACGAGCCUCCUCGGCAAACUAUGCGCUUUGCUUAGUGAACGAUAUUAUAUAACUUACGCGUUUGAAGACCUACAAAAUGCAAUCCAUAUUUGCAAACAAGCGGUUGAGGCCACUACUUGUUGUGGAAAGUGUCGUGGAGCUAGAUUAAAUACCUUAGCCCUGCUGUUGAGGGACAGAUGCACGAUAAAACGGACAAUGCAUGAUUUGGAAGAUUCAAUCCGUAGCAGCCAAGAGGCUGUUAGGAUAACCUCUCCUGAUGAUCAUGAUCAUACACGAAUGCUCGCCAAUUUGGGAAACGGCUUGCUUCAAAAAUAUCAUAUGACUGGAGCACCGGGAGAUCUGGAAGACUCCAUUCAGGCCUAUCGAGGAGCUGUGGGAGCUAUUCCAGCAGGGCAUUCUGAUCGACCAGGAAUGCUGACCAACCUAGGCAUCGGCCUUGGGGAAAGAUAUGGAGGAAAUGGGGUUGCGGGAGACCUAGACGAGGCAAUACGCGUCAGCAAAGAGUCUAUUGACAGCACGCCACCGGGACAUCCAGAUCUGGCAUCAAGACUAAAUAACUUGGGUAUCAGGCUUGGCGACCGAUACAACUUAGCCGGGCUAGAUGAUGAUCUCGAGGGGGCGGUAUACAAUUGCGACCGGUCUGUUAGCCUUACGCCACUAAAUGACCCGGAUCGGCCCAUGAGGCAAAAUAACCUUAGCGUCUGGUUAACAACAAGAUUCGUUAGGAAGGGAGAGAUUGCUGAUGCAGAAAAGGCGCUCCGUUUUGGCCGAGAAGCCGUCGAGAAAACGCCGCUCGGGCAUUCGGAUAGGCCGAUGCUGCUCACAAAUAUUAGCAAUACGUUGGAGAACAUGUACCAUCGCACAGGAGAAGACGAAUAUUUAAAUGCAUCAGUCGAUUCAUCUAAACAAGCCGUCGAAGCGACUCUACCGACUGACCCUAGACGACCUUUAUGGCUUAGCAACCUUGCUAGUAGGCAAUCUAAUAGAUAUGAUCGAUUUAGAGCGCUUGGUGAUCUGGAAGACGCAAUUUCCAACUGUCAAAAUGCUAUCGAAUUAAUUAACGCUGAUCACCCUGGUCGGCCUGGGCUAUUGUGUAAUUUGGGCAUUUGGAUGGGGGACAGAUUCAAAAUGACCGGAGACCUUGAGGAUUUGUCAGGAGCCAUUGACAAAUGCAAGACAGCGAUGGAUUUAACGCCUCCAGAUCAUCCCAAUCAGCAUCAAAUGCUCAGCAAUAUAUGUGUCUGGCUAAGUGAGAGGUAUAGGAGGAAAGGCGCACUAGACGACCUAGAAACCGCGAUUCGAUACUCCCGUAGGGCAAUCGUGGCAGCACCCGAUAGUCCCGACAAAGCACGAAUUUUCCAAAAUAUGGGCGAUUUCUUAGGCGAAAGAUAUCACAGAACGAACGAAUUGGAUGAUCUGGAAGAGGCUACUGUAAGCUGCCGGAAAGCCGUUGAAGCAACACCUCCUGAGCACACUAGCCGAUCCACAAGGCUUGUCGCCUUGAGUAAUAUUCUGAGUCAGAGAUACGCAAGAACUGGGUCUCUCGACGAUUUGGAAGAAGCGAUAUUCAAAAACAGGGAGGCCCUGAAGGCCAUAAAGCCUGACAAUCCAAGUCGAAUCAAUAUUGCCAGUAGUCUUGGCAACAGACUGGGCGAGAGAUACGAGAAGACCAAGGAUUUAAGUGAUCUAGAAGAAGCAAUUAACCAUUGUUCAGAUUCCCUUCGAAUGGUUUCACAGUUUUCUCCUAACAACCCCAGUAGAGCAGGCAUGUUUAGCAACAUGGGAAACCUACUACACCUUAGGUACCACCAGUCGGGGUCACAAGAGGAUCUUGAAGGUUCUAUUCGUAAUAGUGAAGAUGCGGUCAAAGCGAUUCCACAUGAUCAUCCCGACCGAGCAGGAAUGCUUUCUAACCUAGGGGAUUCUCUCCGGUGCAAGUAUAGUAAAACCAAAUCAAAAUCCGACUUCGGCAAUACUAUUAUGAAAUAUGAAGCAGCUUCAGUUCAAGGGAAUGCUAACCCGAUGGUUAGAAUCAAGGCAUAUCAAAUUCUGGGCUCCCUAUUUGUCAACAACACUGAAUGGCUUAAGGCUAGCAUCGCUUUCGAAUCUGCGAUCAGCCUACUUCCUAAGGUUAGCCCACGUACACUAAAUCGUACAGAUCAACAAUACAUUCUUGGCCAGCUUUCUGGGCUCUCGUCUGCCGCAGCAGCUACCGUGCUCCAAGCAGGGCGAGGGGAGUCGGAUGCUCUCGCACUACUGGAAGCAGGCCGCUGUGUUAUCUCAGGGUUCGCAAUCAACACGAGAAGUGAUGUAUCAGAUCUAAGAGAAAAGGACAAAUGCCUGUGGGAAGAAUACGAGAAGUGCCGGGACGAGACAUCCCAAUUUGGUGGUCGGCGAAGACUCGGUAGUGACAUGGAAUCCUUGUUAAAAUAUGAAUCACCCGAAAAGUCCUUAUCAGAUCUGGCAGCAGUAGAGGCAAAGAUACGUGAAAUCCCGGGCCUCGAAAGAUUUCAAUUGCCACCAGAGCCGCGUGAUCUGAUGCGAUUAGCAGAGAAGGGUCCGAUUAUCACAUUCAACAUUUCCAAGAUUCGAUGCGACGCCAUAAUUGUCACUCCACAUAGAAUUUGGGCACGCGGCCUGCCCGAUCUCACCUACAAUAUGGUAUUUGAAAAGGCUCGAUUGGUAUCACUAAUGGGGUCGAGGUCGCGGCGUAACAUAAAGGUGAAGGUCAAGAAACGUAGUAAGUCUUCACAGAAGAAAAGAAUGCGGAAUAUCCUCAUGUGGCUAUGGGAAUCUGCAGUACGUCCUGUUCUGGAUGAACUUGACGCUCAACAAUUUCAAAACGUCUGGUGGAUUGCUGGAGGAAGCAUGGGGCUUUUGCCCAUCCACGCAGCGGGCGAUCACUCAGAGGGGUCGCUUGAAAACACCAUGAGUCGAGUCAUUUCUUCAUAUACUUCAACGUUCAAGGCCCUCCGAUAUGCUCGUGAGAGGGUAGGACAUAGAUUGGCAAACGAUCAGCUAAUGCUCGUAAACAUGGCCAACACACCGGGCCAGCAGAAGCUCGAUACUAGACACGAGGUAGACGUGAUUCGCCAAGAGUUUGGUGAAGCUGCCAUUUUACUUGACCACCCGGGAAAACAGGACGUGCUUAGGAAUUUGGAGCAAUGUUCUUUUGCGCAUUUUGCCUGUCAUGGGACCUCAAACCCUCAAGAUCCAUCGGACGGAGGCGUUCUCCUUGUCGAAAAAGGCCAAGCUGUUUUAUUGAAAAUAAAAGAGCUCGACAGUAUCAACCUAAAACACGCAGAAAUCGCAUAUCUCUCCGCAUGUUCCACUGCAGAGUUAUCUGCUGGCAAUUUGUUGGAUGAAGCAAUCCACCUCUCUAAUAGCUUCCAAAUGAUCGGAUUUAAACACGUCAUUGGUACUAUGUGGGGAGCGGACGAUCGGGCUGCAGGCGAGAUUGCCCGUACGUUCUAUAGAAUGUUACUCUAUGAAUCGAAAGAAAAGGGGGAAGAAGAGCUUGAAGUUGCGCAGGUACUCCAUAGCGCCGUGACGAAGUUCCGAAGCCUCCCAGGUACCAGGGGAGACGUUGCCAAAUGGGGACCUUUCAUACAUAUCGGUGCUUAAGUGAGAUACUCUGAGUAUUUUCAAGGAGUUUAAGAAUUUGAGGAAAACGAAGGAAUGUAUCUCUCAUGAUGGCUAUGUAGGUACCUAGGUAGGUAGAUAGAAGGCGAAACAUUGCGCGACCGCGAUGUAACACUCCAUCCCAGCACAUACCUCACAAGGGUUCCCUACCUCUAAAUUCCCCACAACAGCCCUAGGUCCAACCCCGAU